UGCAUAGAAUCACAAAGUUUAAUGAUUGGAAAACAAAACCUGAUCUUGAAGAACAUUUUACAAACUUGGUGUGACCAGAGUGGAAAUAUAUUGAUGAAUCAACACAACAUAGAGAAUUGCUUUUAAAAUUGAUCAAGUAUGGACGCGAUCCCAACGUCGUCAUUAAACAAGUGAACGAUGUAGGUGUAAUUUUCUCAGACGAGUUUUGCAUCGGCAAAGGAAGUAAUGAAACCCGUGUUUAUCUCGGACUGGGAAAAGAUGGUUACGGUAAAGCAGUGAAACGAAUGCUUAAAGAUAACUUCAUCAAUCUUGCACAGCAAGAAAAGAAAAUUUUAAAUGGAAUCAACCCUAAGGAGUCGAAUUAUGUUGUAAAUUAUUACCACUUAGAAGAAGAUACUGCAACUGAAUAUGUAUAUUUGAUACUCGACCUAUGUGAAGAAUCUCUAGAGAGUUUUGUGCAAUCUUCUAGCUUGUAUGAUCUUCAAAAAUCUCUUCCUAAAGUUCUCCGACAAACGCUAAAAGGAUUAGCUGAUCUUCAUGGUGGUUCUAUUCUUCAUCGAGAUUUGAAACCUUCCAAUGUUCUCCGUAACUCACAGAGCAAAUUUUUGCUAGCUGACUUUGUUAUUAGUCGAAUGAUGAAGAAUGACUCCAAGAGAUUUAAAAGCAAUGCUAAAUGGGAAACUGAGUAUUGGAUUGCUCCUGAAUCAGUUAAUAAUUCAUGUUACCAAAAAAAGUCUGAUGUAAUGAAUGCAGGAAUGGUGGCUUAUUAUGUUGCAACAAAAGGGAAACAUCCUUUUGGACCUCCAGAGUAUAGACUGAAAAACUUGUUAGAUGGAAACCCUGUUGGCUUAAAGGAAAUCGACGAUGUUCAACUUAAAGAUCUACUUUCAUGGAUGCUACAACUUGUACCUGAACUAAGACCAUCUGCUAGCGAGGCGUUAAAACACCCUUAUCUACAAUCCUAUGAGAAGAACUUUGAUAUGCUGUGUGAUGUGGCAAACCAACCAGGGAUAGAGAUACCGUAUUUAGGUCAUCCUCUUAACUCAGAUGUGCAUGUGCAGUUAAAUGGUCUAAAAAAUUGGAUGGACCGUAUUGAACCUGAAGUUUUUAGUAUUUUCAAUAUAAGUCAAUACGACUCCACAUGGUUGGGUUGCUUAAAAUUUUUGCAAAACGUUCACCAGAAUUGGCGUGAUAAACCACUCAUACGUAUCAAGGAAGGCAAAGAGUAUUUCUUACGAGUUUUCCCAGAGCUUCCUUUGCUGGUGCAUAGAAUCACAAGGUUGAAUGAUUGGAAAACAAGACCUGAUCUUGAAGAACAUUUUACAACAAACAGCAAAUCCGGGAGGAAUUGACUUCGAGUUAGCGGAAUUAAAGUUGGAGUUGAAGGAGCCAGUUGGAGUUCUCGUGGCUCUACUGUAAUACUGAUUGUUGUAUAUCAUUUGAGGAGACGUCUGAAUCAAUAAAGGUACUUAUCUGUGUGAUUGAAAUAAA